UGCCUUACCUUAGAUAAAAAGUAAGGUCCUAAGAACAGCCUUAAAGAGAUAACCUGACUUGAAAUGUACUGCAUACAUACAACAUGUCAGUUCAUAGUUCGUAGUUUAACAAAGUAUUGCGUAGAGAUAUGAAAAUUUAUCGUAUAUAAUCGAACAUUGUUAUAAUUUAUAAAAUGCGUAAAUUCAAAAAGUACGUGGUUAUAUGUGACGAUAUAUAAAGUGAGAUUUUUUUAAAUAAUUAGAUCAAAAUAUAUUGCGAAAGAGAAACUUUUAUAUAGAUAAUAACCUUUACUUUUUAACCAAUGUGUACUAUGUAUUGUGAUAUUUCUUUGAAAUAAUCCGUGUGUUUAGAUGUGUUUUUAACGCAUAUAUGAAAUCAUUAAAUCUCACAUAAAUUGCUUAAAUGACAUGGAGUAAUAAUUACAAACAAAUUUAAUUGAACUAAAGUCAAAAAAAUGAAUACAUUGUGAAACAUACCUAAUUAAGUUUAUAUUUUACGUAUCAAAAUGUUUCGAAGUCGUAGUUGGUUUGGAGGGGGACUUUGGAAGCCAAAAAAUCCACAUUCUCUAGAGCACCUUAAGUACCUGUACAAUGUUCUAUCAAAGAAUCAAACAGUAUCUGAACAUAAUAGAGGUUUAUUAGUUGAAACUCUUCGCUCAAUAGCUGAGAUUUUAAUAUGGGGUGACCAGAAUGACAGUAGCGUCUUUGACUUCUUUCUGGAGAAGAAUAUGCUUUCUUUUUUCUUGCGUAUCAUGAAGCAGAAAUGUGGAAGCUACGUAUGUGUUCAAUUACUUCAGACGCUCAAUAUAUUAUUUGAAAAUAUACGCAAUGAAACAUCUUUGUACUACCUGUUAAGUAAUAACCAUGUAAAUAGUAUUAUUGUUCACAAAUUUGACUUCAGCGAUGAGGAGGUAAUGGCAUAUUACAUCAGUUUCUUAAAAACGUUGAGCUUGAAGUUAAAUACCCAUACCAUCCAUUUCUUCUAUAAUGAGGUAAACGAGCAUACCAAUGAUUUUCCACUAUAUACGGAAGCCAUUAAGUUUUUCAAUCAUUCUGAGGGUAUGGUUCGUAUAGCAGUAAGAACUCUGACUUUAAAUGUAUAUCGCGUGGAAGAUGCAUCUAUGUUGGCAUUUAUAAGAGAUCGCACAGCAGCACCUUAUUUCAGUAAUCUUGUAUGGUUUAUUGGUAAUCAUAUUAUAGAAUUGGAUACAUGUGUCCGAAAUGAUGCAGAUCAUCAAAGUCAAAAUAGAUUAUCAGAUUUGGUAGCAGAACACUUGGAUCAUUUGCAUUAUUUAAAUGAUAUACUUUGCUUAAAUAUACCAGAUCUUAACAAGGUACUCUCGGAACAUCUGUUGCAUAAAUUACUAGUUCCGCUCUAUGUAUAUUCUUUAAUGAAGCGAAAAGAUCUUUGUCAAAAUCAGGAUGAACGAAAAUAUGUCAGCGUUGUUGUGGCAUUAUUCUUACUUUCCCAAGUUUUUUUAAUUGUUUCUCACGGACCUCUUGUAUAUACUUUAGCAGCUGUAAUACUCAAAUCUGAUUUGAGCACGAUUCAGAUAGGAGUAAGCAAAGUGAUUGAAACAUUUAGCGAAAUAUCAUCAAAUAAAUCAAUAGAAUUUUCACAGCCAAAAGAAACAUUAGAAAAAUCUUUAGAAAAUCUAAAUGAAUCAUUAACCAUAUUAGAAAGUCUUAAUGAAAAUGAUAAUAAUGUAGAAUCUACGAGUAAGACUAGAGAAAUUAUGGAUGAAAAAAUACAAGAUUUAAGUAAACCUAGUACAUCACGUGCUCAUGUGUUUUCCUGCGAUAAUACACAUAUUAAGAGCUCUAAACAAUUAGAUAUAAACAUUCCUGAAGAACUAGGAGGUAUAAAACAUUUGAAUGUAACCGAUGAAGAAAAAGAACGUUUGGCAUUAGAGAGUCCAUUAACACAGAGUCAAAUACAACAUAAUGCUCUGGAAUUAUUAUCACAGAAACCGUUUUUAGAAACUAUAUUGAAUUCUUUAUUUUGUACAGAAAAUGAUUAUGCUGCGUUAUUUGGAUUGUGUUUACUUUAUGCAUUAGCUAAUAAUCAGAAUGUAGAAACAAAGAAUUGGUAUAAUGAUAUAUUAAUAGAUAGAUUAAUUCACAUAAUCACUUUAAGCUGUCAGACAAAUGCUAAAGUGAGACUUGUAACUUUGGAAUUAACAAUCAAAUUAUUGACACAUUUAGUUUUAUCAGAAGGACAGAGUCUUUUAAAAGAUUCACAUUUAGCAGCAAUCGAAACAGCAAGAGAACAAAGUACAGCACUUUUGAGGAACUUCUACAAGAGUGAAGAGAUAUUCUUAGAUAUGUUUGAAGACGAAUAUAACGAAAUUCAAAAACGACCUUUAAAUGUUGAAUGGUUAAUGAUGGACAGUAAUAUUUUAUUACCUCCUACGGGUACCCCAAUGACUGGUAUUGAAUUUAGCAAACGAUUACCAUGUGGUGAAGUGGAAAGAGCACGUCGUGCAAUUAGAGUAUUUUUCUUAAUCCGAGAAUUAUCUUUAACUGUUAAUAUGGAAGAAGAAACACAGUUACCCUUAACAAAUCCAGAUAAUUGUGUAAAACUUACCAACGUACUUGAUCUAAAUAACAGUGACUUAAUAGCAUGUACAGUUGUAUGGAAAGAUGGACAAAAAAUCCAUUGGUUUUUGGUCAUUGAUGUUACACAAUUAAUUCUAGUUGAACCUGACACUUCCAAACUUGGGUGGGGUGUAGCAAAAAUAGUAGGCUUUUUACAGGAUAUUGAGGUGACGGGUGACAAUGAUGAUUCUAGAUGUUUACAUUUAACCAUAUACAAACCUCUAAGAAAUAGCACAGGCAACAGAGUUCCAUUACUAUCAGCUAAAUUUAUCUUCGAUGAUCACAUUAGAUGUAUGGCUGCAAAACAAAGGCUAACCAAAGGUAGAAUAAAAGCACGACAGAGAAAGAUAAAUCAAAUUGCUAGAUUACUGGGCAUGCCAACAAGUAUACCGCAUUCGUCUACACCACCAAACUUUGCUUUACGUAAUAUGCGACACGACCGAUAUGGACGUGGACAAAGGCAGAAGGAUCAACCAAGACCAAUGUUUACGGUAAAUAAAGUUCCAGGAUUCGCGGCACAAAUGCGCAGAGAACAUGUUCUUAAACCUGUUCUUGGUCUUCCGUCAUCUAGUUUUAAGCGUGUUGAUAAUAACUCUAAUGAGAAGAUUCAUGAAAAUGGUUUACGAUCUAGAGAUAGUUCUCCAAAAAUGCCACGCCCGCGUAGUGAAGAAAUACCUCUUGAGGAUAUGCGUAAUCGUAAAACAUCUUUGACGUCUAAUGGAGCGAGUGCAUCUCACAUAUGUUUAGAGAAGAAAGAUAGUUGUAAUUCUGGUAGUUCAUCUAAUAGUGAACCUACAUCUAUAACUAGAAAACGUUCUGAAGAAACAUCGUUUACUUCUCCUCAAACUCAAGAGGUCAAACCACGUAGAAAGGGUCAAGUAGAGACUGUAUGAUUAUAUAAGAAUAGAAUUAUUUUUAAAAAGUGGAAAAGGGAAAAUUUUUGUUAGGGAAUUGAUGAAAUAAGAAAAAUGUAUAUACAUUUUUGAAAUAGAAACAAAGUCCUCUAUCAAUUUAACGUGUAACUAUUUAUAUGUCGUUUGAAUUUUUUAAAACUAUGUUUUUUCACAAUAUUUGUUAACUAAUAUUACAGGUAAUUAUUACUGCCUUUCUCUGUAUAAUUACAUACUUUGUCAUUUGCAAUUACGAAAUGAUCACUUGUAUACAAAAUAGUACAUUCGCGUUAAAUUUUAAUAAAUGUUUAACACAUUGUGAUAAAUUUUUCCUUUAGAUAAUUACAUAUUUUGUAGAUACUUUUUAUUCUUUAUACAAAUAUUAUAUCUGUUGUCUUUUAAAUGUAGACAUUAAUUCAUUAGUACACAAAUUGUUGAGUAAUGUUUCUUACAAUGAUUUAAUGUAUAUAUGUUUUAUUAUUUAGGAU